AUGUCAACUCAACACGAGGUUGACAACCCACCUACCGAGCUAAUAACAGCACUGUCAUUCUCCUCAGAUGGAACAAGAAUCGCGGUAGCAUCUUGGAAUCGAGACAUCUCAAUAUACGACAACACCACGAACCAUGAUACCUUCACGUUUUCAGGCCGACGAAUACGGUUCCGCGCGCCCGUCCUCGAUAUCUGUUGGGGGGAAGACAAUGACACACUGUAUGCCGUAGGCACAGACUUCGAUGUGCGAAGGGUGAAGCUCAGUGAGGGCGCCGGCGAGGACCAAGCUAUACAGCAAGUGCUGUCGACACACACCAAACCAAGCAACAAGAUUGCGUAUAGCUCGGAGCAUGGUGUACUGAUCAGUAUCAGCUGGGAUGGAACCAUGCAUGUGCAUACCGUGUCUGACGGAGUCUCCAUCCGCGUGAGACUCGCUGCCAAACCAUUUGCCAUUAGCUUGUCUGCUGAUAAAGCCGUGGUGGCCAUGGCUGAGCGAAAAGUAUCUGUCUACGACCUACAGGCACUGAAGUCGCUGACUGAGCAAGCUGGAACCGUGGCCAACGGUAAGGUACCCAGCCUGCAUGACAACGUGCUGGAAGUCGCGCCUUGGCAGCAAAGAGAAAGCAGUCUAAGGUACAUGACUAGAGAUGUCGCGUGUAUGCCGAACGGGCUCGGCUUUGCGACGAGCAGUAUCGAGGGGAGAGUGGCUGUCGAGUGGUUUGACCCCGAAGCGCAAAGUAAGACUUAUGCUUUCAAGUGCCAUCGUCAGACUACAACAUUACCUGCGGACGAGAAUGGCGAGGAGCAGCAAGUCGAUAUGGUCUACCCGGUCAAUGCACUGGCAUUUCAUCCGGUCCACGGUACCUUUGCAACUGGUGGUGGCGAUGGUGUGGUAUACAUCUGGGAUGCGAGCACCAAAAGGAGAGUCAGGCAUUAUCCUAACAUGGGCGCGAGUGUGGCUGCGGUAGACUUCAGCCCCGAUGGCGAGUUCAUGGCCGUGGGUAUCUGUCCCGGAGUGGAGGAUGGGAAGGAUCUGAAUGAGGUAGUGAACCAUCCCGAAAGCAUCAAGGUCAUCAUCAGGAAGCUGUCACCCACCGAAGCCAAAGGGAAGCCGGCGAAGUGA